AUGUCGACCGAUGCGACGAACCCUACGAAAAAGUCGAUUGUCAUCAUCGGCGCCGGAAUAUCCGGCAUCAUUCAGGGGGCCGAAAUCCACCGCAAGAAGGUUCUCAGGAACCCGGCGGAGGAGCUGAUCAUGUUCGACAAGUCCGGCGGAUUCGGCGGUGUGUGGUACGCCAAUACGUAUCCCGGCGCUGCAUGUGAUAUUGUCUCGCAUAUCUACAGCAUCUCGUGGUUUCCUAACCAUAAUUGGUCUCGGAGAUACUCGCCGCAGGACGAAAUCCGUGAAUACUACGACCGAGUCGCACGGUACUACAACCUCCACAAGUCCGCCGCGUUCGGCCACAGCGUCGUCUCGGCGAUUUGGGACGACGCCACCCUCCUCUGGAAUGUCGGCGUCCGCAACGAAGCAACCGGCGAAAUGCACUACUACACCGCCCCCGUGGUGAUCUCUGCCAUCGGGCAACUGAACCGCCCUAAACGCGCGCGGAUCCCCGGCGCCGAGUCAUUCACCGGCCCGCAAUUCCACACCGCCGAAUGGGACCACAGCGUCGACCUGACGGGCAAGCGCGUAGCGAUCAUCGGCACGGGCCCCAGCGCGGGGCAGGUCGUCCCCUCCAUCGCCCCGCAGGUAGAGUCAUUACACGUCUACCAGCGCUCCCCACCCCACAUCCUCCCGCGACAGGACUACCAGUUCUCGACGAUGAUGAAGGCCAUCUUCCGCUGGGUGCCGCUCGUGCAGUGGUUCCACCACCUGUACCUCUACAUCGACCAGGAAUUAAUGCCGUACCGCUCCGUCCACCUCCCCAGCAAGGAGAACGAGCUCGCCACCCUGGGGGCGAAGAUGCACAUGGAGUCACAGAUCCCGCCGCAGCGACAGGAUCUGAGGGAGAAGCUCACGCCGAACUACGCAUUCGGUUGCAAGCGGCCGCUGUUCUUGGAUAACUACUACCCGGCGUUCCUCCGCGAUAAUGUCACGUUGACCACCUCGGCGCCGCUGAAGAUCACCGCGGACUCGAUCAUCACCGCAGAGGGCGAGGACAAGAUCGAUGUCAUCAUCUGGGCUACUGGAUUCCUGACACAGGAUAUGCUGGGCCAUGUCGAUAUCCGCGGCCACCAGGGCGUCUCGCUCAGAAGCCAAUGGGGCGAACACGCAUCCGCCUACCUCGGCACCAGCACGCACAACUUCCCAAACUUCCUCUUCGUCUACGGUCCGGCCACCGGUCUUUUGUGGGGCAGUCUUACCUUCAUGUUCGAGACGGAGUCGCUAUGGAACGUCAAAGUGUGCCAACGGAUUUUCUCUGAAGCGCGGCGCGGUAACCGCGUUGCCUUCGCAGUCAAGGAGGAGCGCGAGCGGAAGUACAACGUCGAGAUGCAGGAGAAACUCAAGUCGCUCGCGCUCAACGAUCAGAGAUGUACCAGUUUCUAUAAGAACUCCCAGGGUGUUGUUACCACGAAUUUUCCGUGGCGGUUGGCGGAGUACUGGAGGCGCCUGCUGUGGGUCGAGUGGGUCAAUUAUGAGAAGUGGGAAAUGAAGUUGUAG